AUGGCCUUCCAACCAUACACCCCCAAGCCUGUCACCGACAUCUUCACCGCCGACACCGAUAUCAACCGCAGAGAAUGCCGCCGUGUGGUUCCAAUGCGAGUGCUCGCUCUCGGGCUUGGACGAACUGGAACGGCUUCACUUCGAACUGCUCUCAAGGAUCUGGGCUUCGCCGACUGCUACCACAUGAUGUCUGCAUCUGUUGAGAACCCUCCGGAUUGUUUGAUGUGGAGCGAUGCACUGGCAUCCAAGUACGACGGCAAAGGCCAAUUCGGCCGCGAGCAAUGGGACCAACUCACCGGCCACUGCCAGGCCAUUUGCGAUUGGCCCGCCGUGGCCUUUGCAAAAGAGCUCAUCGAGGCCUACCCAGAAGCCAAGGUUAUACUCACUACCCGUGAUGUUGACAGCUGGCAUGCGAGCACAAUGAAGACGGUCCACUGGCGUGCAACCGAACCAGAGCUCAAGUUUGUCUCGAAGUUUGAUUGGGGAGCGGGUCUCUACCAACCAAUGCUUUCCAAGUUCUGGACCGAGUUCUGGGAGGGCGAUUUCGAGAAGAACGGCAAGCGACGAUUCAAAGAGUACUACGACGAAGUGCGAUCACUGGUGCCGAAAGAGAAUCUGCUGGAGUACAAGAUGGGAGAGGGAUGGAGGCCACUCUGCGACUUCCUGGAGGUUCCCGAACCACAGGGCAAGAAGUUCCCUCGCACCAACGACACAGACGGAUUCGUGGACCGAUGUCGACGGAGAAACCGCAUGCAACUGUUCAACGUCCUCUUCCGCGCAACCGUCGUGGGAGGAUCACUGGCAGCAAUCGUCAUCAGCUCGACCAUGACGAUCCGCAGGUUCUUUGGCAGCCGCGGGAGCGUGCUGUCGUGA